AUGUGGACGGGCCUGAUGCGGCGCUUCUCGACGGAGGACACCCGCGUGGGCAGCGAGUUUGACGAAGACGCCGAGAGUCAUCACAGCCACAGCCACCACCACCACCAUCUCAAGGAUGGCAUCAACGACGUCUACACGCCGACGCUGCGCACGCUGAGCCCCUUCCGGCCGCCGCCGCUGGACCCGGUUGUGCUGCACGGAUACAAGGACAACACGCCGGCGGGCUCGAGGCUGCUGACGAAUGUGGUGGCCGAGGAGAUUCGCACCAUGGUGCCGGAGCGGCUGCGCAUUACGGAGGACUGGCGGUUGGUGUAUAGCCUGGAGCAGAACGGCACCAGUUUGGCGACGCUGUAUCAGCGGUGUCGGCAGUAUGAAGGCAUGAGGGUGGGCUUUGUGCUUGUUGUCAAGGAUCAGGAGGGCGGGACGUUUGGUGCCUACCUCUCCGAGUAUCCUCAUCCCGCCCCGUCCUACUUUGGCAACGGCGAGUGCUUCCUGUGGCGAGCCUCGACGCUGACGUCUCUCCCGCCGCCGCCAUCCGCAGACACGACCCAUCUGACACGCAGCACGACGCUCGCUCCCCCGUCGCGGUCCGGCGCCUCGACGCCCGGGAUCCGCUUCAAGGCGUUUCCCUACAGCGGCCUCAACGACUUCUAUAUUAACUGCGAGACGGGCUUCCUGAGCGUGGGGUCGGGAGGUGGCCACUAUGGGCUGUGGCUGGACGACUCGCUCGACGUGGGACACAGCGCGACGUGCGAGACGUUUGGCAAUGAGCCGCUGAGUGACGCGGGGCCCAAGUUUAGCGUUAUUGGCGUUGAGCUGUGGGUGAUUGGGGCGUGA